AUGAGGCUAAGAGGACUGGUGGCAGUGGCAGUGGCAGUGCUUAUCUUCGAUCUCCAGGGGGAUGAGCUGGCGGAGGCCAUGGUGAAGAUUGAAGUGAAGCCUGGGAGGGACUACACCAAAAAGGUUCAUGAGGCACUGGAAGCGAUUUACUCCAAGAAUGCGGCUGUCAACUCAGAAGCUGUGGCGGCUGUUGUUGACCCGCUCACGCUUCUCACACUAGCACUGACCCACGGGUCGCAUCCACGGAGCACUGACCCCGACAUCAUCCCCAAAGCUCGCUGCCAUGUGGUCCUGGUCUUCGUCGCAUCAAAGGGUAGAUGA